GGGACUGGAGACAAUAUCAUUGUUAAAAUUGUAUAUUGGCUGAUUUGCCUGAUUGACUUAAUGGCUGCCACUGAAUAAAUGUCUAUACUGAAUUAUCUACAUAAUUAAGUGGACACUGCUUUUCUUUCUACUCACCAUUGAGUAUUUUUAGAUGUAUAAACUGCAAUAGAAAUAUAAAACAAAGGUUGUCAAUAAAAUAAAUUAACUAAUUUCAAACCUUUACAAGAACAUCCCAGUUUGAAAUCCCUAAGAGCCCCGAUUUCAUUCGUAACUCAAUUUUGACAAAAUGUGUCAUUGCGUCUUGCUUUUGAACGCCACUGUGGAUGUAUUAUAUCAUGUCACAGAAAUAUGCUUUUAUACGUGACUGCUCAUAUCUGCCAUGUAACAACAAAAACACAUAUCUCCAACCAUCUCGCACUCAUCCUAGUGCCUUUACUGAGGAGAGACAAGCACACACAUGCACAAAUGCACACACACAAAGGGGCCCUGAAAAUAAUCACUGUGGAGAAGCUUGUAAAGCGAGGAAAGCACACACACACACACACAUACGAGAUCGCACAUAGAGUUGUUGUUCAGGCUAGGGUCCUGAGAGUGGGGUUCAGAGCAGCCAGUGUCCCGUCUGGCAGGAAGCACUCUGCAUUCGCAGCGACGUGCCUUGAGUGGACAAAUCAUGCUGAUUGUGUGGGAGAGAAACCCAGCGCUGCUCCCAAGAUGAAGGCAGAGAGGGAGGCAUCAUGCAAAAAGACAGCCGUUCCUUCACUGUUUCUUCUCCUAUGGCUUUUCAUCUUUUCCUUGGCAGCGAAUGUAUUUGUAGGUGGGGUCAACAUCAGCAGCCCGUCUCCUCUAGUGCGAGGUACACUCGGAGGCUCCGCCCUUCUCUCUGUGACCUACACCAGCACCAGCUCCGACCAGCCCGUUAUUAAGUGGCAGCUGAAGAGAGACAAACCCGUCACUGUGGUCCAGUCCAUUGGUACAGAAAUCAUUGGGAACCUUAGGCCCGAGUACCGUGGUCGAAUCCUCCUGUACGAGAACGGCUCCCUGCUCCUGCAUCACCUGCAGCUGUCUGAUGAGGGCGCGUAUGAGGUGGAGAUCUCUAUCACUGAUGAUACCUUCACUGGGGAGCGAUAUGUCAACCUAACCGUGGAUGUUCCAGUGUCCAGGCCUUUUGUUCACAUGGUGGCCUCAUCCGUCCUGGAGCUGACUGAGUUCUUCAUACUCAACUGCACUCACAAUAGUGGCACCAAACCCACAUAUAGCUGGCUGAAGGGUGGGAAAACUUUGACCAAUGACUCGCGUCUGCUCCUGUCACAUGACCAGAAGGUCCUGACCAUCUCCCGUGUUGUGAUGUCAGAUGAUGACAUCUACAGCUGCAGGGUGGAAAACCCCAUCAGCAGUAUGAAGAGCCUGCCCGUCAAACUCACUGUCUACAGACGGAGUUCUCUAUAUAUCAUCCUCUCCACGGGAGGCAUUUUCUUACUCAUCACCUUGGUGACCGUUUGCGCCUGUUGGAAACCCUCCAAAAAAAAAAGGCAACAGCUUGCCAGACAGAGCAGGCAAAAUUUAGCAGAGCAGAGUAACGACAAUCAUGAUGUUGAUAUCGUGCCUGCUAGAAAUUACCAUAAUCGUCGGAACCCAGGUGGACUAUAUGUCCUCAAUGAAACGGAUUUCCCUGAGGGAACAGAUGAGUCUUCCUGUAAUUAUAUCACCUCUACUGAUCCCCUCAGCCCACCUUGUUAUCCCAACAUGGCUCCACCUUCUGCACACUCUCCAGAUGCUUAUAUGCAUUCAGGAAGAAGAUACCCCCGUACUCCCGUCCCCUCUCCUCCAUCAACCCCUCAUCCGACUCUCACCCCACCCCUCUCCUGUCCCCAACACCUGGGCAGCUUAACACGCAAGCCCCACCCUCCAAGACUAAGCCCCACCCCUCCACAUGGAGAAGAACAUCCAGUUGAACCAGAAAUCAAUAUGCACUACCACAGCCUUACCCGAUGAGCAAGACGGAUGGAGAGAUUUAAAUGUAAAAUGUCAAGGAUAAUAUCAGAAUAUGAGAUUAUGUAUGUGGGUAUGGGAAUUUUAAUUAGUUGAUUUUAUUAGUUAUCCUAUGUAAAUGUUAGCAUUUCAUGCUUUCCAAAAGCUAUAGGUGAAUGAAUUGUGUACAAGACCAAAAGUUAAAGAUCAGUAGUGGUAAACAACUAAUACAAGAGGAUUACAUGGAUGUACUGGAUGGUUUAAUAGUUUUUUUUAACACUAAUAGAACAAUUUCAUCAUUUAUUUUCAGGACUUUUUUCAGCUGUGGUUUAAGAAAUAGCUUAAACUAAAUCAAAAUAAUCCUAUAAAUAAAAAAUAUACCGUUUAAUUUCAGCUAUAAUUGAGCAUUAUUGGGAUCUGUAAGGGUUUACUGUAAAUAUGAUUUCUUUAUGCCAAUAUUAAAAUGAUUUUAUUCUUUUUGUCUUCUUUUUGACCGAAAACAAAAGUAAAUCACUCAAAUAAUAUCUCUUUCUUUCUGAAUAUUUAAAAAGACAUAAGGGCAUAAAGACACCAGCCUUUACACUAUUAUUGUCAAUUUACACGUUUCAACCACCAGAGGCUCCCACAUCACUAUCAAUCUUUUUUUACAGUCUAUGCUAUCAAUCAAUAAAAUUAUCUGCGUCAUUUCAAAGCCAGAUAGUGUUGUUUAACUCGUUUUCAGCCUUGCUCUCCUCCCUGUUUUCCUGUAGGACAAUAGAAAUAGUUUUUAAUUGAGUCACUUCAUUUUGAUUUAGAGAGUAAACAAAUUUUAGCAUUUUCUCCUCAAUAACAAUGUUCACUCAAAGGUUUGUGAGCUAAAUACUUACAAGAAUAUGUUGAAUUAAUCAGGUACAUUAUCUUAAUGUUUAAAAUAAAUAUUUAGUUAAACGCUGCUGAUAAAUAGCGCACGACACGACAGUUCGAGAGGAGGUUACAGUCUUGUCAAUAACAACAACGUAACCUACAUCUUACCUCACUCCUGUCCUGUGACCGUUCUUCCGGUAGGCCUAACCUCAAAUUACCCCAAAUUAACUACACCUUGACUUUUAAUCACUUUUCAAGGAGGGCGAACUUUGAGCAUCGUGUAGGGUUGCAAAGUUCAUGAAAAUAAGGGACAAUCUUGGUUCUUUAUAGGAAAAUAAGGGACACUUAAAAUUUUUGGACUGUAGCCUACCACAUAGUGUAUGUCAUUUCAGUGUCUGCAGUGUUUUUUUUUUGUUGUUGUUGUUGUUGUUGUCUGAAUUAAAUGCUUGAAUGCAGGGGCGUAGCAGCCAUUUUAAAAGUGGGGGGGACAGCUGUAUGGUGAUGUGACCCAAAGCUGAUGUUCAUAAUAAUAAAUUCUAAAUAGAAUACCAAUUGGCAUUGUACAGCACCCCAGUGGCAAUUUUGGGAACAUGCCGUGAUAGCUUACAGGAACCUAGUUUUGUGAAAUCAUCCUCAAAAUUUUUAAAAUACUGCAGGACUUUGAGACCAAUGUGAGACCAUCUAUACUUUAUUUAGAUAAAGAUAUUUUAUGAUAUUUAAAAUAUUCUCUGCAUUCAAUAAUAAAAUGCCUUAAACUGGAAAUUCAGUGUUUAAUCUUGUCAUUAUAAAUUACUCUAUUCUCCUAUUUGAUACUGUUCAGUGCUUUGACACAAUCUGUAUUAUUAAAAGCACUAUAUAAAUAAAGGUGAUUGAUGGUUGAUCUUUUGUUUUAAGGAAUUAAAUUGAUGUGUAAUUCCUUAAAAUAUUGGGAAACAGUUCCAAUUAAGAAAACACUGCCUUAAAAUAGUCAAUCUGCUUUUUUUUAUACAAAUCUCACCUGUACACAUUCUGGAGAGGUUGAGCAACUGUCCCCUCUCUCUGUCAGUGACGUCACAGCCUGCCUUUCCUACAGACCAGUUAGGACAUAAAGUAGAAUAUUUACAUAAAGUAUAAAAAAAUAUAAAUUUUAAAUUUGAUAAAGUAUUUUAAGAUAUUCGGUGCAAAACAAAUUUGAUUUAUUGUGAAAGGAUAAUUCUACUCCGCGAGCAGCACGUAGGCAACAAAAGACAGCAGAAACCAAUAAUUUGUUACGUCUCAUUUAGCAGACGCUUUUAUACAAAGCGACAAGUAGGAGAGCAUUUAACACACUGAAUCCGGCGCGACGUGACGAGGUCCAUACGGGUUCUGUUGUCUUUUGACGUUACAGUAGUUUAAAUCAUAACAUGAAAACUUUAUCGCGUGAUUCGUGUCAUCACGACAUACUGUAACAUACUUACAGUGUGUGUUUGAAAAAAGGAUGUAAUCGUCCUUUGCUUUUUUUCUGGGGUGCAUUUUAUCCCAGACGGCGAAUGAACGAACGAAAACUCACAACACCAACAAGAGAUUUGAAGCUCAUAGCAGACGCGCCCAAGAGAUGAUUCGCUCUGUGAUUGGCUGAAUGUUAGUUCACUCAAAUCUAAGUAACAAAUCAGAGAACACUGCCGGUGCCGGAAAUAUUCACGCUGGAUCCAAAAAAAUA